AUGCGAGCUCUAAAGACAGAGCAGAGUUUGCAACUUAGGGUUCUUGAACAAUGUCAGCUUUUCAGCCGAGUCUCCAAGAAUCCUUCAUCAUUCCCAACCCGGAGCCUCUCUUCCCGGCGGUCCAAUUUCUCGACGGUGACACCACCUUACCUCCUCCUCGGCAGCGACGUCGUCGGAGACUCUCCCUGCGGCGGUAAACUCGUCGACUUUAACCUCUACGAUCCAAAAACCCAAAAGCAAGUAAAGAUCGAAAACCAGACUCUACCAAAAGAGCUCAAUGAAUCCAAGUGGAUAGGCUCAUCAAGAGGAUGGUUAGCUUCGAUGAACAAGAAUGACUCAACCGUCCAUCUCUCCAACAUCAUCAACCCCUUGAAGAAAACCAUAACCUUACCUCCACUAACCAGAGACAAGUUCGAACAUCUUGUCAAUGUCUCCGUCUCCUCCUCUGACUGUUGUGUAGUCGCCGUCAAGUUCUACGGCUCUCGAGUCAGCCUUUGUCGACUCGGAGACUCGGAGUGGACUCGUGUAGACGUGCCUUGCCCAUCUUUCCACUCUUCUACUGUCAUUUACUCGGAGAGAGACGAGAGAUUCUACUUGAACAACUGCAACCCUGACUACACCGGUCCAACCGAUUUCACACCACCAUCAAAUCCCGGUUUACUCACUCCGGUUUGUGGCUACAAGAGGUUUCCCUUCACUAACUUUCUAGAGGAGAUGCCAGAGCAUGAGAAUGAAACGUGUCUCUCACGUUUCAAGAUCCAACAGCAACUAGUCCAGUCAUCUUCGGGCCAAUCCUUCAUUGUUUGUUGGUUUGUGGAAAGAUUUACAGACAAAGGUGAAGCUGCGCCGUGGGGAGACACGAGUUACGACAACAACAAGGAAGGCCUUUGCAAGAAGACACACAAGAUCAUGGUCUUUAGGCAAGACGAAGAGCAAGGUCUUGGUCCUCACACUGAUGAUAUUGGCGAUCUCUGCAUUUUCUUGGGUGACAAUGAAGCUUUUUGUCUCUCUGCCAAGGACUACCCUGGUCUUAACCCUAAUUCGGUCUACUUUGGCGGCCAUGGUUUCGGUUUUGGUAUAUGCGAUCUCGCAACUCGCACCAUCUCAUAUCUCUCUGGUUCUCCUCCACCAUCAGGUCGCAUGUUUUGGAUUCCUCCCAGCUCCGCAUAGGAGCUAGAUGAAGGCAUUUAGGUUAUUUUUUUCAUGUGGUUGAUUUGGUGUUUUGAACUUAUCUUUUCUAAUUUAU